ACAAACAAUUAAAAAUAAAAAUACAUAGUAUUUCUAAUUUGUGUCAAUAAAUAAAAUAUAAAAGCCUCUAAAACUGCAUCAGUAUAGUUAAUUUUUAAACGCGAACAUUAAAAAUAAGAAUGAAGUCAGUCAUUGCAAUUAUUUUUGCAUUAACUUGCAUUUGCUUUGACAUUCAAGAAUGUAGAGCUCACGACUUGAAAACCCAUAUGAGAGAAGUAUCCCAAAUGUGUCAAGAUCGUGAACAAACUACCGAUGAAAUUGUCCAAAAGAUACGUUCUGGUGAAUAUGAUGCAAAUGAUGUUGAAAGAUUGGCCAAGUGUCAUGUUAAAUGUAUGAUGGAAGGAUUUGGGGCUAUGGAAAAUGGAAGUUUGAGUGAGAAGGUAUUUGUUCAUAAGCUUGGUCCUCAUAUCGGUGAAGCAAAGGCACGUGAAAUGUUUGAUUUCUGCAAAGAUGAAUCUGGUGGGGAGGAUGAGUGUGAUAAACCUUUUAAGAUUUAUCUUUGUUUGAAAAAAUUGAGUGAUAUUUUCAAGUAUUGAAAAAGUUGAAGUACUUUAUGAAAUAUUUGAUACAAUGCU